CUACUUCGACAAUUGUGUGUGUAUCACUGAAUUUGACAAGGAAUUUUCACACGUUUCCAGACGGGAGAAAAAGAUUAUUGAAAAUUUUUUCCCGGAACUGAAAGUCAAGCAAGUUUAAGUUAGCGAUCGAGAAGUGACCCAGUGAUUGUAGAGAAUACAUAAUGCCCGAGGCAGGAAAGAAAAUCGCGGAGUUGCGGGUGUGCGACCUAAAAACUGAACUGGAAAAGCGCAAAUUGGAGACCGUGGGCCCAAAGGCGGUGCUCAUCGAGCGCCUGGAGAAGGCGCUCAAGGGGGAGGGGAUAGACCCGGCCACACACUUGAUUGUGCCGGGCGUGAAGGGCAAGAAACCAAUAGCCAUGCCCAUGAAGGACACCACGUCGACGGUGCAUAUCAAGGAGGAGCCCAUCGAUGCCGACGAGGAGGUGGAUCAGCAGGAUGACUAUGGGAACGGCAACGACUUCUCCCAUCACGCCGACGACGAUGGGCAUGAGAUCGACCAGGUGGGCGAUGUGGACGAUGAGUGUGUGAUCCUCGACGAUGAUGAUGAAGAGGAGGAGGAGGAUCAAGAGUACGAUGAUGAGCACCAGAAUGGCGAUGGAGAGGCCGAGGGAAACGCCCAGGAUGAAGAGGCGGAGAACAAUGGCGGCGAAGAGGCCAAUAAUGACAUUAACGGUGAGGAGGAGAACACCGGAGACACCGGAAACAUGGACAACGACGAGUCCAUCAAUCUGACCAUUGGUGAGGACGAGCAGAAGCUGCUCCACGACGAGGCCCCCGACGAUAAGUCUAUUAAAUCUGUGAAACCGGCCAACAAAUCCGAUAAGUCUAACUCAAAGGAUGCCGACAAGAAAAAUGACGAGGGCGCACGCUCCAAGAAAAGGGAUGAUAAAUCAUCUGACAAAAAGGACUCUAGCGAUCAAAAGUCGUCUGGAAAACCGUCGAAUCCAAAGGAUGAUAAAGAGAAAUCGACAGCAGCAGCGGGUGCCGCAUCCUCAACUGCAUCGAGUGCCGCUGGCAAGUCGGGAUCUGGUUCGAGUGCUGGCAAUGGCAGCGGUGCUAACUCGAACUCGAAGCAGGCGACGCUGUCGCGUAAUCUCUGGGUUUCCGGGCUCUCAACUUUGACCCGUGCCACCGACCUCAAAGCAAUCUUCUCCAAGUUUGGCAAGGUGGUUGGCGCUAAGGUGGUCACCAACACGCGUACCCCGGGCACCCGCUGUUACGGAUACGUAACUAUGUCCUUUUCCGGGGACGCCUCGCGAUGCAUCGAGAACCUGCACCGCACCGAGUUGCAUGGACGCAUCAUUUCGGUGGAGCGCACCAAGAACGAGAUUGGCGGCAGCUUGAACUCCAAGGAGGGCAAGGGCAAGACUUCGAGCGACGCUGGAAACAAGAAGAAGGACGAAGACGGCGGCAAGAAAUCCGGAAGCAGCAAGGGAACCAGCGCCAACGGUGGCGAAGAGAAGAAGGGCGGCGAUGGAAGCGUCGCCGACAACAAGUCCAUCGGCGGCGAUUCGAAGCGCGAUGGCAAGGAGGGCAACAGGGAGCGCAACCAGCGACGCGUCGAUGACAGGGGCAAGUCGUCCGCCAGCCAGGAUAGGCCUCGUCACGAUCGCGAGCGAUCCGGCACUGGCGGCCACAAGGGGCCGGGCAGUCAGGACCAUCGUUCGGGGCGCAAUCCGCGCGACGUUGACCGUGAAAUCCAGCAGCGCCAGAGGGAGCGCGAGCGUCGCCAGCGGGAGAUGCUGUCCUACCAGAAGAUACGCGAGGAGCGCGAACGCCAGCGCCUCCGCGAGCGGGAGCGUGAGUUACGCGAGGAGGAGCGACGCAGGCGGGAGGCGCGUGAGCGCCAGCGCAUCGAGGAGGAGCGUCUCCAGGAGGAGCGGCGCAAGCUCGCCGUCGAGCGGGAACGUCUUGAGCGUGAGAAGGCCGAGCUUUUGCGGUUGGAGCGCGAGCGCCAGAAGCUGGAGCGAGAAAAAAUCGAGCUGGAGCGCCUCGAGCUGAAGCGACAACAGAUGAAGAUCAUGGAGUCUCGCGAAGAUCCUGGCAAGCGCGGGGUGAGCAAGCGCACCGACGACCGCUACGCAGACACAACCGAUCGCAAGCGUACUGCUAUUUUUGAUGCCCCACCUCCACCGAGAUUCGAUACGAAUCUAGUUAGCUCCCGCAGCACCUAUGACAAGAAACAUGAUGAUUACGGUUCGUCGUCAACCACCAAGCGUGUACUGGAUGACUACUCCAGCUCCAACAAGCGCUUGGAUUACAAGCGCAACGACUACAGCGCUUCUUCAGGAUCCAAGCGUGGAGCUGUCGACGAUUACUCCGCCGUACCUACCAAGCGCUCCAACGAUUACAGCGGCUCCUCGUCCAGCAAGCGCGACGAUUACAACAAGCGCGACGUUGAGGUGCGCCACUUGACACUUUCGGGAACUGCCGGCGGCGGCUCAAGCAGCUCGUAUCUGCACAAGAACAACACAGCCGGUGGAGCCGGAUCCUACGUUCACAAGAACAACACAAGCGGCACUGGCGGACGCUACAAUGAUUCUGAUCGCGGCAACACAUCCAGCUAUAGACGCGAUGACUCCCACAGCCUGGGCAACAAGCGUUAUGACAACUCCAGCGGCGGAGGAGCCUACGGCAGUAGCUCGAACAGCGUUAACAUCUGGGCCCCGUCAUCCGGCGGAGGAAGCUCCCACCUGGGCAGCAGCAGUGGCGGAGGCAACCAAAUAAAGUACGGCAACAACGGCUUGUCCUCGAACAUCCACACCACCAAUUCGUGGCAGAAAUCGACCGUCGAUGACAACAGCUGGCGCCAGGUGCCCGGACGCUUUGACCGCAGCUACAACGAUCGUUCGACCGGCUACCAGGGUCAAAGUGGUGGCGGAGGAGCUGGCGGAAUGUACGGUGCCAGCCGCCCCACCCAGGAUCGCUAUAGCGGACCGGUAUCGCGCUACUAGGGAACGUGCAUUUCACAAGAGGCAAUACAAAACAUGCAUCCCCGCAUCAUACAUACCUAUUUAAGCCCCCCGACCGAAUGACUAUACCCACAGCGCCUAGGAGCGCUGCUUCUACUUUAGUUCGCUUUAGUUGUAGUUUUAACUAUUAAAAUUACAUUUGGAAACCAAUAAAUGUAUUACCAAAAUGGAAAAUAUGCACAUAA